AUGUUAGGAUUGAUAUCUGACGAGAAAUGUUUAUAUUUAGCUGAACAGUUAGAUAAACUAUAUUCAAAACCAGUAGCAACGAUAAAAGAAAUGACAAAUUUUCAAAAUCGUGUACGAAAGUCUUGUAUCAAAACACCUCUAGUAGCUGAUUAUUCAAAAAUAAAAGUUUACACAUGGUAUCUUAGAUCAUUACUAUUUUUAGCUUUAAAAGAUGAGGAUCAUCUUCAGUUACAACAUUUGCAACAUAUUGUCGAGUUAUCCAAUAAACUGUUCCCAUUAUCAGUGUCAUUUGAUAACAUAUCGGAUAUUGAAGAAUUAUUGUUUGCAUGGUUAAACAUAAUAAUAACACCAUCAUUACGAGAAGAUUUACCCAAUUGUUUUCAUCGGCAAUCACAUGAAGAGUUUGAGAGAUAUGAUAAAAAGAAACCCAUUUGGUUAACGUACAAUUUAUGUUAUCCAAUUGUAUUCGUAUUUAACAUGAUAGACGUAUAUUACGACGGAGAGAAUAACGAUGAGAAUGUUGAUGAUGAAGAUGAGAGAAACAGUAACGAUGAGAAUGUUGACGAUGAAGAUGAGAGAAACAGUAACGAUGAGAAUGUUGAUGAUGAAGAUGAGAGAAACAGUAACGAUGAGAAUGUUGACGAUGAAGAUGAGAGAAACAGUAACGAUGAGAAUGUUGAUGAUGAAGAUGAGAGAAACAGUAACGAUGAAGAUGACGAUAAUGAAACAGACAAUGUUAUUAUCAUUCCAUUUCUAAAAUUAAAUGGUGUACCAACAAAUACAAAUGAUUACAAUUUUAUACCGAUAGAAAAAACGCGGCUUCAACAAAUUUUACAAUUUUUCAUGACAAUGCUUUGUACACCAUUGUUAGAUUUGCCAUCAUGUUACGAUAUUCAGUAUCUCAUUGAUCGAUUAUCCGCUGUCGGUUUUAAAAAUGAUUUAAUAUCAGAUGUAUUUUAUGAAGUAGCAUUAAAGAAAUUUAAUGUUAUCUUCGAAUUAAAAUCUGCUUUGUAUGCAUUAAAAAUAAAUGAUCCUAUUCUUGUAAAUAUCAAUAUAGAACGAAAAAUAUUGAUCGAAGAACGUCAUGAUAAAUGUUGUCAACAAAUGAAAAGUUUAUUCGAUGGUGCUUUGCAAUUAUCAUCAACAGAUAGGUGGAAAAUUCAGGUGCACAUGGGAUAUACAUACUAUUUUCUUCUGGGUUAUUAUUCCGAAGCCAUUGAUUUAUUGAAAACAGUGAUAAACGAUUAUAACACGAACCAACAAAAGGAUGAUCGAUAUGCAUUGUCAAUUAUAAACUUUGGCGAAGACUCCAAAAAGUGUCCAGUACUAUCGUAUGUAUGUGAGAAGUUAAAUCAACCUAUUUUGCUUAUUCCAGCAAUUGUUCUUGCUUACUAUACAUUGUUUCAAUGCUUUCGUAUGACUGAGCAAUGGGACAAUGGUCUUGAAUAUAUUGGACAAUUUAAACAAAUAUGUACAAAAUUAGAGAUUACUUUCAAAGAAAAAUAUGAUCACUCGGUAAUUAAAUUACUACUAGCUACCAGCUUGUUUUGUGUAGCUUCAGUGGAUGAAGUUGAAAUUAGAACUGAAUUAGCUAAUGAACUAAUGUCACUCUGUGGGAUACAAUGUCUUAUAUGUCGAUCGGACAGACAAAACUUUCUCGAUCAUGAAUUCACACUCGAAUUACCGUAUGCAUUAUCCGAAUGUGGUGGUGAAAAUGAACAAAUCCAUACAAAACCACGACCAGUGGAGAAAAUCCCAAACAUGCUUAUUAUUCGUCAUGGUUAUGAUUGCUAUAAGAUGCGCUCAUGGUUAAUUUGUGAGACGACAAUUCUGAAUGAAUUAGAAAAAUGGAUCAGCCGUUUACCAGUCAUUGUUGUGCUUGAAGAUUAA